UUCUUUAGGGGGGGCUUUUGGUCAUUAGCUCCACAACCGUAAUUUGAACAAAUCUAACGGGUUAAUGAACAACAUGACCCCAACGCAUUGAAUCACGGACCCAGUGAACAACCGAGAGGAAACCGAAUAAAUACUGUUAAUCUAAAAUGAAAGCCUCAAACUAGGUUUAUAAGUGUUUAGUAAGAUUUAAUGUUUGAUCAGGUGAGGGGUGUUGAAGGCUGAAGCUAGACGCUGUAUCCUUGUGAUUUCUUUUAAGUGUACUUUAAGAUGAAGGCCAAAAAGAAGAAGAGGCAGGACGAUUUCCAAAAAGUCAAGCUUAAAGUAGGAAAGAAGAAGCCCAGAGCUGAUAAUGCCACCAACACCAACUUUCGUACAAGAGGAAUCAGUCUGCCUGAGCAGCUAAAGAGAGAAACAAGUGGCCCCACAACUCACAAACAGCUGGGCAUCAAUGAGCUUCUGUCUCAGCUGCAUCAUUACAAUGCCAACGUGAAACACGGUGCCUUGUUGGGGUUGAAAGAGUUGCUGUCUCUGAGUCCCUCUUUGUUAGAUCAGCAUCUUUCACGCCUGCUCUCAGAGGUCGCAGCUGUUCUCACAGACAAGGAUGGAAACGUUCGCGUGGCGGCUACCCGCGUUCUUAGGUUUGUUGCACAGUCUGUGCCAGCAGAACGAGUGGCUCCGUUUUUUCCACUCCUCAGCGCUCACCUCACCUGUGCUAUGACCCACAUUGAGCCGGGCAUCCAGGAGGACGCCAUGAAUGUUCUGGACAUCUUCCUGGAAUAUUACCCCUCUCUGCUGGCCUCUCGGCCUGCGGUGCUCCUCACAAACUUUCUGGAGCAGAUCUCUCACAGGCAGAGCUCUGGAGGCAUCAGGAAGACCCUGGAUGCCAAAGGGCGAACCUGGGCGCUCUCAGUCCACCCGGACAGGAGGGUGACCAGCCAGCAGUGGCGGCUGUCUGUCCUUCUCAGACUUGGGAACUUUCUUCAAGCUGUUGUUGAGGAAAGACCCACAGAGGAGGGGGACUUGUCUGUGCGAACCGAAGGAGUGUUUGGUUCAAGUGGAAAGCACGGCCUUAGCCCUCUGAAUCUGAAGUGGGAGGAGUUGAUUUACAAAAAGAUCGACGUUAAGGUGUAUGAAAAUUCUGGGGCCAAACCCACUCCCCACUCCACCUUUAAACUUAGACCAGAGGUGGACACUGGCGGUGUGGGCAGUGAGAGUCUGGAAUCAGCAGAGUCCAUUCAGAUGUUUGCGGCUACGCUGGUACCUCUGCUGCUGGAGGUCUGGGUGGAGGCCUGCGCCGGAGACCGCACCUGGAACAGCUCCGAGGGGGCCCACCUCCUCACACCCGACGCCAUGUCUGUAAUGUUCCAAGUCUUAACUAUUCUACAGCUGCUUAGAAAACUUCCCACCCAGCGUGAAAACCAGGACGCACUGGAUGCAUGGUUCCGUAAGGAAUAUCUUGGAGAUUUUAAACAACACUUCAUGAAAAACUUUCCCUAUGGUCUUCGGGACACACCCAAACAUAAGAGAAAAAUUGAUCUCAAAAGGAGCAAACAGAGUGCGGCCAUUCCUGCCCCCACUGUGGAGCCCCUGGCCUUAAACAUCACCCUCUGCCAGGUCAUGGUUUCCCUAAGCCAGAAGCAGGGUCCGGGUCAGGAGGCUGACGGAGACUGGCUGUCUCCGCUGAGGGCUUUUAUUCGGGACACCCUGGGGAACGGUGUGAGGUUGAGCUACAGGCAGCUACACAUGCUGCUGGGCACCGUGUGGAAGAUGGUGCUCACGCAGAGGAGCAGAGUGACAGAGGAGCUGCUGGCAGCCGUUUACAUCUACUAUAAGCAGAAGAACCUGCCGCUUCAGACCAGAUCUCUGCUGCUCUCCUUCUACAGCAAACUCUACCUGCAGGAACAAGGACACGCACACAUUUCCAGGAGCAAGGUGCUUUGCAGAUGGCUGGCCUCUCUUCCUGUGCAGUUGUCCCAGCUGGGCCACCGUAACCCGACGCUGUCUGCUCAGCUGAUCAUUUCCAUCCAGGCCGCAGCCUCUCGGGGAAAUAAAGACCUUCUCAACAGUCUGCAGACAUACGCCUGCAGGCUUUAUGAUCCUCAGGAUGGGGUUGUGGUGCUGCUACCAGCAGAGUCCCAGCAGCGAAUGGUGCAGCUGCUCUAUUUCCUCCCCAAGAUGCCCCAACCUCUGCUGGCCAACCUGAGCGGCUGCUGCACCGCCGGACGCAUCUCUGCAGGCCUCGCUGCCUCUCUUAUCCGUAUCAUACACUUUAGGUCGUCUCUCAGUGGCUGGUCGGUCGGGACCCAGGAAGCGGCUCUGCAGGACGUCGACUACAUCAGCUUCCUGUUCUCCACCCUGGCAGGCUUCUCGUCCGAACACCUCUCUGCCCUGCAGGAGGACGAGACGGCCCUGCUUGCCUCCUCACUCUCACCCCUCUGCCUCUACCAAACACCUCAGGAGCAGUUUACACAUCACUGGGAUGUUGUGGAGGAGGUGUGCCACUGUCUGGAGACCAUCGGAUCAAAGUCUCAAUGCUUUGACAUUCUGCAAAAUGGCAUUUUCAAAUACCUGAUGAAGUUGGAGGUGGUUCCUGACAGCAUGGCGGCUGGGCUGCUGAGAGCCGUUUCCAGAUUAUUAGAUCUGUCCAUCCUGCCUGUUGAGCAGUUGCUGCGUUUCUUGUCCCAGUGCUGCCUCAGCCUGCUGGUGCUCCUCGUCAUCCUGCAGCAGCAUGUCCCCACUGAAGCCAACCACAAAAGGGAAGCCAUCUGGACUUCCUGUGUGACGGCCCUCAGCAGCGUUCCUCGCCUGCUGCGGAUGGUUCUGCAGUCCAUGCAUGUAGGGGACCUAAGUGCGGAGGAGCUGCCGCAGCUCGGGCAGAUCCUCUCCAUGCUGCUGCAGCAUACUCCACUGCACAACCAGCUGAUGGCUAACACCGUGCUGCUGCAAGAGCUCAUCCAGAAUCUGACGAGGUUCUCCAGGGGAGCGCCCAGAGAGCAGUGGCUGACAGAUUUGCUCUACUGUUACAGCGUCACCAUGGCCCACGGCUCCUCUGCUCACCGUGGAAGUAUGGGCCUCAGAGACAUGUACUAACUUCAGCCGUUUAGCGAUGAUGGGGGGUCAACAAACCCAACUCUCAUUAGCACACUUUUUUUUUCUGCUUCAUGUUCACAUAAAGAAACUUCACCUUGUCACUCCUCUGAGUAACAUUUUCCCAGCAGGAAACUUUUGUAUUAAAAUAAAGGAAAAUAAAGACAA